AUGGAUGCAAUCGCAACCAUGUUCGCAGCUCUACGUUUGUUGGAUGAACAAUCAUGUGGUGGAGUUCUUCCUCUUAAUGACGCUGUGUACAAGGACCUCUUGCAGAAACAUCCACCUGCACAACCUGAGGAUCAUUCCGUCAUGAUUGAUGGUGAAAUUCCAUAUGUCGAUCCAUCGUUAUUCGCCAACAUCGACGAGGCAGCCAUAGCAAAAGCAGCAUUGAGGACUCAAGGUGCUGCUGGUCCUUCAGGUCUUGACGCACUUGGAUGGCGGCAUAUUUUGGUGUCUCGCAACUAUGGAGAUGCUGGCAAAGAUCUACGAUCCGCAAUAGCGUUAAUGGCGAGAACACUUGCAACCCAGAAGGUCGUUAUUGGAGCAGAUCAGACCACCAGCUUAGAGACCUUCUUAGCGUGUCGCUUAAUACCUCUGGACAAGAACCCUGGUGUCAGACCGAUUGGGAUUGGAGAGGUUCUACGACGGAUAAUUGGAAAAUCAAUUGUCUUUGCCAAACCACAAAUCAUGGAUAGCGCAGGAGACUUGCAGCUAUGUGCAGGACAACAAUCAGGCUGCGAGGCUGCUGUUCACGCCAUGUCGAAGAUUUUUGAAGAAGAAGAAACAGACGCUGUCUUACUGGUAGACGCCACCAAUGCGUUCAAUUCCAUCAACCGCAAGAUCAUGUUACAUAACAUUCAGUACAUUUGUCCUGCAAUGGCUGUUUAUACGUUCAAUUGUUAUGUAACAGCUUCAAGAUUGUUCGUGCAAGGUGGUAAAGAAAUUGCAUCAGCUGAAGGUACCACGCAAGGUGAUCCGUUAGCCAUGCCGUUAUACGCCGUCGCCAUUACUCCACUCCUGCUCAUGAUUAAAUCUGGUGAAGCUAGUGAUGUAAGGCAUGUUGCGUACGCGGAUGACCUUAGUGGGGCAGGUAAGCUAAUGCAACUGCGUGCCUGGUGGGAGAAGAUUGCCGUGCAUGGUCCGAGUCUUGGUUACUACCCGCGAGCUGAUAAAUCCUGGUUGAUUGUGAAGCCACACCUGGAGCAGACUGCCAUUGAGAUCUUCGCUGGAACUAAUGUACGAAUUUCAAGUGAAGGGCAUAAGUACCUUGGAGGAUAUCUUGGAUCGGAUGACGGAAAAGAUAAGUAUAUUAGUUCUUUAGUUAGUAAAUGGUGCCAGCAACUUCACGUUUUGAGUGAAAUUGCCAAAUUCCAACCCCAAGCAGCAUACACGGCGUUUGUCUCGGGUUUUCGGCACAGAUUUACUUACCACAUUCGUGCCGUUCCAGGUAUCAAGACCGCGAUGCAGCUUGUUGACGACACCAUCAACCUGAAGCUCCUUCCUGCACUCCUCGAUAACCGUAGCUUGUCCAUCCAUGAGCGACAAUUGGUUUCGCUUCCAGCUCGUAUGGGAGGUCUUGGUAUUCCGAUCUUUAACGACAUCUGUGAUGAAGAACAUUUGAACUCCACAACCAUCUGUCAUCUUCUCUCAAGUAGAAUCAUCCACCAGAAUGGUACACCAUCAGCAGAACAUGGAGAUUCCAUCCACGAUCUUCGCCGUGAGAUUGCAAAACAACGUCAAGCUAGGAACUCGUUGCUGCUACAGAACUUGAGAUCGAGCAUGAGUGAAGAGCAGAUUCGAGCAAAUGACCUCGCCCAGUUGAAAGGAUCCUCAGCUUGGCUAACUGCUCUGCCACUUGCUGAAGAGGGCUACAUCUUGACCAAGCGUGAGUUCUUUGAUGCAAUCUACAUGCGUUAUCGAUGGCCUUUGAAACGCCUUCCAUCUUUCUGCGCUUGUGGAAAAUCGUUCACGGUAGAUCAUGCCCUGUCGUGCCUGAAAGGAGGUUUUAUCCAUCGAAGACAUAAUGAGAUCCGUGAUCUACUUGCUGCUGCUAUCGAUGACGUUGCUUACGAUGUUUCAAUUGAACCUGCUCUUGCUCCUUUGACUGGCGAGGUUCUUCCAUCCAGUGCUAACUCAGCCGAUGACGCCAGAGUGGACAUUGCUGCGAGAGGUUUCUGGCAGAGAUGUGAAAAGGCAUUUUUUGAUGUAAGGGUGUUUAACCCAUACGCCUCUACACAUCGACGCCAGACGUUGAGCAGCUCGUGUAAAGCCAACGAACGGGAAAAGAAGCGACAUUACAACCAACGGAUUGUUGAGGUCGAGCAUGGCUCCUUCACACCGGUCGUCUUCAGCGCCUUUGGCGGAUGCGGAAGAGAGACCCAACAUUUUCUUUCCUUCCUGGGUGCGAAGCUGGCUGACAAGAAGAAUCAUUCUACAUCUAUGGUGGUUAGCUGGUUACGACGAAAGAUCGCCUUUGCUUUGCUUAGAGCUCGCGUGGUGUGUGUUCGUGGCAGUCGAAGUUGGAGGACUGCGUCCAUCACAUCAACUAACGACAUUACGUUGUCGGAAUGGAACUCCAACAUUAGCGAGUAG